AUGCCACCUCAACUCACCGCCAGCAACCUCUUGCUCCUAGAGCUCCAUCCCACGCUCCCAUCUCCCUCCGCAGUCGUCGAUCCCACCAAGCCGUGCGACACGACCUUCGUCGGCGUCAAAGUUGAAGACAUCAAAGCCGAAUGCCGCCGAGUCAAGAUGCGAGACAGUGGCUCGCGCUUCGACAGCGUCCGCUACCUCCUGAACGACCACCUCAACGCGCUCCAGGCGGAGCUAGACGCGUGCCGCAGCGGAACACUGGAGGAGGCAAAGGCCUACUGGACAAUCCGCAUCUUCCACGUCUAUGCCAUGAUGGAAAAGACACUGGCGGAUGGCGGCGAGGAGUUGGCGCGCUUGGUACUGGCGUGCGGACCGUACGAUAAGAGCGCUGAGAAUUCCAUCCGGGUUAUGAAGUGGUUGCUGUUGGGCGUGGAGGCGAAGAUGGCGGGGGAUUCUGUGGCUUGA